CGUGUGCAUCCGCGGAGUGUGUGUGUGUGGUGUGAGUGUUUGGACCCCCCUCCUCCUCCUCCUCAACUAGCUGCGGAGAGAUUAGUGAAGCCAGCUCCACUCACUACUAACAGACGUGUGUGUGGGGGGGUUUGCAAUACGCGUGAAUCAUGCUCGUCGUCAUUACUACCGGCUGGGAGUGGAGCCGAAAUUGUGCAAGAUACGGAUAACAGCGAAGAGAGGACCGUGUGGACUGACUGAAGUUUCCAGGUCUCCUCAUUCUGCCUUGAAAAAUGCCUCACCGGGGGCUCCUCUUCUGCUGCCGCUGCUGCUCGGACCCGUCUCAUUACGCUGCCUCUCUCACGUGUGCUUUAUGCUGAAGAAGAAGUGACCGGGAUCAACCUGUAAAGGAGCCUGUGAGGGCGACUGAAGCCAGAAACCCAAGCGCGUACGGAUAUUUUCCCUUUUGCGCCGUGCGGAGAUUUUCCUCAAGUGGAAGGAGGUGUGCGAGUUGAGGGGGAGAAGUUGUACUUGUUGGUCAUAUAGGAAACAUGGGGAACGCAGGGAGCAUGGACCAGCACACUGAUCUCAGAGGACACAACAUGCCUCUCAAACUGCCCAUGCCUGAGCCAGGUGAACUGGAGGAAAGAUUUGCAACCGUUUUGAACUCGAUGAAUCUUCCUCCAGAUAAAGCGCGACUGUUGCGUCAGUAUGACAACGAGAAGAAGUGGGAGCUCAUCUGUGAUCAGGAGCGAUUCCAAGUGAAAAACCCACCUCACACGUACCUCCAAAAGCUGAGGAGUUAUCUAGACCCCGCAGUCACAAGAAAGAAAUUCAGACGGAGAGUUCAGGAGUCCACCCAAGUCCUCAGAGAGCUGGAAAUUUCGUUACGGACCAAUCAUAUUGGGUGGGUAAGAGAAUUCUUAAAUGAAGAGAACAAAGGCCUGGACGUGCUGGUGGAGUAUCUGUCUUUUGCACAGUAUGCCGUCACGUUUGAUGGAGACUGUGUGGAGAACAACCCAGAGGCUGCGAUGGAUAAGUCUAAGCCCUGGAGCCGCUCUAUAGAAGACCUGCACGGAGGAAGCACCCUGCCGUCUCCCAUCACUGGGAACGGCAUCACACGUGCUGGACGACAUUCCACAAUACGUUGCAACACACUGCCGAGCCGGAGAACUCUGAAAAACUCCCGACUGGUAUGCAAGAAAGACGAUGUCCACGUCUGCAUCAUGUGCCUGCGUGCUAUCAUGAACUACCAGUACGGCUUCAACAUGGUCAUGUCACACCCACAUGCUGUGAAUGAAAUUGCAUUGAGUCUCAACAAUAAAAACCCAAGAACUAAAGCUCUGGUCUUGGAGCUCCUGGCGGCAGUUUGUCUCGUGAGAGGAGGCCACGAAAUAAUUCUCUCUGCCUUCGACAACUUUAAGGAGGUGUGUAUGGAGACACAGCGGUUUGAGAGGCUAAUGGAGUAUUUCAAGAAUGAGGAUAACAACAUUGACUUCAUGGUGGCCUGUAUGCAGUUCAUCAACAUAGUUGUGCACUCGGUGGAGGACAUGAACUUCAGGGUUCAUCUACAGUUCGACUUCACCAAGCUGUGUCUGGAUGACUACUUAGACAAACUUAAGCAUACGGAGAGCGAUAAGCUGCAGGUUCAGAUCCAGGCCUACUUGGAUAAUGUGUUUGACGUGGGAGCCCUUCUGGAGGAUGCGGAGACCAAAAAUGCUGCCCUGGAGCGAGUAGAGGAGCUGGAGGAGAACAUGUCGCAUAUGACAGAGAAGCUGCAGGACAUGGAGAACGAGGCCAUGUCAAAGAUCGUGGAGCUGGAGAAGCAGCUGAUGCAAAGGAACAAGGACCUUGAAUCCAUCAGGGAAGUCUACAAAGACACGAGCGCGCAGGUACACUCACUGCGGCAGAUGUUGAAGGAGAAGGACGAGGCCAUCCAGCGACAGAGCAACCUGGAGAAGAAAAUCCAUGAACUGGAGAAACAAGGCACCAUCAAGAUUCACAAGAGGGGAGACGGAGACAUCUCCAUCCUGCCCUCGCCACCCUUCGGUGUGGAGGGCUUGCCGGGUUCCUUGAUGGGAGGAAACGGUACAACUUUUAGUCCAAACCAUAUGGGAGUUGGAACGGGCAGCCUCGCUCCACCACCACCUCCCCCACCCCCUCCACUGCCGGUGAACGGCACAUUGUCAAACGGCCCAUCAUUGGCCAUUCCUGCAGCAGCAGCUCCCCCUCCUCCACCGCCUCCCCCUCCACCGCCGCCUCCUCCCCCAGGGCCAGCCUCAGCACCAAUGCCACCUCCGCCUCCUCCUGCAGCCCCACCACUGCCCGGCUGUGGGACGCCCACUGUCAUCAUGAACUCUGGGUUAGCAGAGGGACCCAUCAAACUUUUCUCCGUUAAGAUCAAGAAACCCAUCAAGACAAAGUUCCGCAUGCCUGUCUUCAACUGGGUAGCCCUGAAACCAAACCAGAUCAACGGGACUGUCUUCAAUGAGAUUGAUGAUGAGCGGAUACUUGAGGACCUGAAUGUGGACGAGUUCGAGGAGAUGUUCAAGACGAAAGCCCAGGGCCCGGCAAUCGACCUCACCAUGAGCAGGCAGGUCAGCCACAAGGGGCCCAACAAGGUGACGCUACUGGACUCCAACAGAGCGAAGAACCUGGCCAUCACACUGAGGAAAGUGGGCAAGACUCCUGAGGAGAUCUGCAAGGCCAUUCAGAUAUUUGACCUACGAACUCUGCCGGUUGACUUUGUGGAGUGUCUGAUGCGCUUCCAGCCCACAGAGAAUGAGAUUAAAACCAUGCGUCAGUUUGAGAAGGAGCGCAAGCCACUGGAGAGCCUGACGGAUGAGGACCGCUUCAUGAUGCAGUUCAGUAAAAUCGAGCGACUCAUGCAGAAGAUGACCAUCAUGGCCUUCAUCGGCAACUUCUAUGAAAGCGUGCAGAUGCUCACGCCGCAACUUCAUGCAGUCAUCGCAGCAUCUGUGUCCAUCAAGUCAUCACAGAAGCUUAAGAAAAUUCUAGAGAUUAUCUUGGCACUUGGAAACUACAUGAACAGCAGCAAAAGAGGAGCGGUGUACGGAUUCAAGCUGCAAAGUUUAGACUUGCUACUUGAUACCAAGUCGACGGACCGUAAGAUGACGUUGUUACACUACAUAGCCAAUGUGGUAAAGGAGAAAUACGCGCAAGUUUCUCUCUUCUACAACGAGCUGCACUAUGUGGAGAAGGCUGCAGCAGUGUCGUUGGACAACGUCCUGCUGGAUGUUAAGGAGCUGAACAGAGGCAUGGAGCUGACCAAAAGAGAGUACAGCAUGCACGGCCACAACACCAUGCUCAAAGACUUCAUCGCGCAUAAUGAGAGCAAGCUGAAGAAGUUGCAGGAUGACGCUAAGAUUGCACAGGAUGCCUUUGAUGAGGCGGUGAAGUUCUUUGGGGAAAACUCCAAAACAACACCGCCCUCCGUCUUCUUCCCUGUGUUUGUGCGAUUUGUGAGGGCUUACAGGCAAGCAGAGGAGGACAACGAGCAGAAGAAGAGACAGGAGCAGAUUAUGAUGGAGAAACUUCUCGAACAGGAGGCCAUGAUGGAGGAAGACCAGAAAUCUCCAUCUCAUAAGAACAAGCGGCAGCAGCAAGAGCUAAUCCAGGAACUCAGGAGGAAACAGGUGAAAGACAGCCGCCACGUCUAUGAAGGCAAAGAUGGAGCAAUUGAGGACAUCAUCACGGCCCUAAAGAAGAAUAAUAUUACUAAAUUUCCCAAUGUCUACUCGAGGGUAAGGAACUCCUCCAGUAGCACCUCUGUAGUGGUGGAUGUGUCCCAAACCUGGCAAGCAUCUCUUUAUUAUCUCCCUUCCUGUUUUACCUUAUUUUCAUUUAGGGUCUGCUCAGUGUUGACCUACCUCUCCAUUUAGGUUCUCCUAAUUAUUAUCUCCUACAGAACAGUAAAUGUGAUAUCUGAUGAUAAAAAAAAUAGUUACUCUUUUGAGUUAUUACCCGCCCUUUUUACGGGGAAGAUGCACAUGCAAGGGGUUUUCUACAUUUCUGGGAGAAGCCUACAAGUCAAACCCCUGUGGCCUGUCUCAGUUGUAACACCCAGAGACAGCUGACCCCCAAGGCUUUGUGUGUAGAACUCAUGCUGCUUUGAAAGACAGGCUGCCAGCACUCUUGAGCAUGUGGGCUCAUCAAAACACCUUGACAAGAUGACUGACAGCUCUUUUCUUCACCCUCCCCCAACCCCGCCAUCCAAUCCCCUUUCUUCCCUCUCAGAUUUGAGGAAUCAGCCUUACAGGCGGGCAGACGCUGUGCGAAGAAGUGUCCGGAGACGCUUUGACGAUCAGAACCUGCGGCCGGUGAAUAGCGGCGAAGUGGUCAUGUGACGAGGGAACACUGAAUGUGCUGGGGUGGGGGAAAGAUGGUGAGGAUGUGUAACGUCAAUAGAGGAAAACACAGGAUGUUGGACGCAGAGUGAAGGACGAUAAGUGAAAAACGGCGAGUGUAUUGUAGCGACCAUAGAGAUGAGUAUGUAUAUAUAUUACAUAAGAAUACACGUUAUGCCAUGUCUGUGGGAUAGUAGCAGCAUUUCACUAUGAAGGACUGGGACAUGUAUGGGACUGAAUUUAAAGUGUCUGAAAGGUUGAUUCAGAAACCUUAGACAAGCCAAGUGCCUGAACAUAAUUUUGAGGGGAUGUCACGCCGUCUUCUGUUUGUGUGAUGACUGUUUUUAAAUACUCCCCACUUCAAGCAAUACAACUUGAUCUGGCUUUAAUUUUAAGAUGUGUAAUACUGGACUUGCGGUGAGCCUUGAGAGCCACGUGAAGAGAUGCUUCCUUGGAAAAUGUAGAAUGUAUGGGAUGAUUUCCCUUCAGCUGUUUCAAAUAUUGCAUCUGUUUGAUAACCGUAGUAUUACAGUACAUUCCGGUGCUCUUUUCCGUUCCUCUUACCAUAGAAAUAUGCGCUCAACCUGUGCUUUUCAACAAAAAGGGCUGAUGAUAAGGCACAAAAAAGUUGAUCAGGAAAUAAUUCAAACUCUAUAUUUGUACUAAAGUAAAAGGAUGAUGAAGAAUGAACAGAAAAGACAUAAAAAACAGUAAUUCAUUUCCAAACAAGAGGCUAAUGCGAAUUAUAUAGCCUACAUCAGGCCUCUCUAGCCUACAGUGACUUCUCUUUCAUAAGUUACUACGCUUAACAGAGCAAGCCUCAAAACUGUACCGUCCAUUUUAAAUGUUGCAUUUCUGUAGCAGCACAGCGAUUUCUAUGGUUUCAGGGAACAAGUUGAGGCCGACAGGGGGGAAACGAGCCUGUAACACAACAUAAAAUAAAAUUUUCGACAAAAUGUAGCAACAGCACAAAAGAUGCUGAACCCUACUGGAUGAUCUCAUUCUUAAAACUGGAUAUAACCUUUUUUUUUUUUUUUUUUUUUACAAAUUAUAAAUUCCAGGUUUACUGUGUCUACUCAUUUUAUUGUAAUUUUAAUGUAUAGUAUUUAACCACUGAAAGGAUUCCUUUAAGCUCAUGCUUUCAUGUAAUACGUGUCCAUGAUCAUUAAAAACAUGUUCAUCAUCAAAAACAUGCUAAAACACGUUUCCUAAAUGUACAGAUAUUUUGCUACAAACCAUGUUUUCUUCUUUUUCUUAAUUCACAUUACCAGAUGGUUAAUAUUGUACAUAUUGUUUAAACAAAAGUUUUCAUUGCCUUGUGCUAUACAACUUGAAUGUUAUUUUAACUUAUAGUUUGUUUCCAUUUUUGUAUAUUUAAUGAAGCCAAAUGCAGCCAGAAUCUACAGUAGUCUCACAGUCAUGCAGGAGACUUGUGUCAUGCAGGAGACUUGUGGGUGUGUCACAGGUGCGUCAAAGCCAGCUACGAAAACGUGCAACAUGUUCUGAUUCGCAAGAGUUGGUACAUUUGAACAGAUUGAAAUUCAUACACAAUGUAUCUAAUAAAACUAGUUUCUAUUAGUUUGACCUGUGAUUAGCUGGUUUUGUUGCUUAGUGAUGCACCCUCCUGUAAUUAUCUCCACUGAAGCACAUGCUGCCGAUCAUCUCCUUUUCCUGUCAACUUCACUGUGUGUAAUAGCAACAUUUCUCUAACUGGAUAAUACUGGCAUGUUUUUUGUUUUUUUUUUACUUUCACCAGAAAUGUAUUUUAGGCAGUUUGUGCUUAUUACAAAAUAACAAACUUUUUAAAAAAUUAGGUGUUAUGAGAUUUCCAACGAAUAUGAUCAAAUAAACUAUUUACAUUGAAUAUA